GUCCUGAUGGUCUCUCACCAGGCAGUUUGGUCUUCGCGGGCCAACAGCAGAUGCCCGUCAUGUUGGACUCGGUGGUGUGCGACGAAGCGGACGCGGCGUCCCUGCCAGCAGAGGAGUCUCCGCUGGUGAAGGUGGUCUCGCAGCAGAACGCGGACGGAUCGUGGAGUCCGAGUGGCAAUCUGGAGGUGCUUCUGGGCCUGAAGCCUCAGGAGAUUGGGCAGCGCGUCCCCCGGCAGGACAUGGAUUUGACUCUCUGGGUCACGAUACUGACAGUCAUUUGGCUCCACGCGUUUUGUGCUGACUCCAAGGAUGAGUGGGAGCUUCUGGUGGACAAGUCACUGUCCUGGAUCAAGGCCAAUUCAGGUGACGCCAAAGGUGCUGAUCUUGGCGGGUGUGUGAAAGCUGGAAAUGACCUGCUGAAAACUUCUGUUAAUCCUCACGUCUUUGAUUUGUGAAAUUAACUCUGACCAAAUCGGAAAGGAGCUAAAUUAAUGCUCUGGUUUGGAUUUGUUAAUCCUAACUCGGCAUCGCUUUAUAACUAUAUAUACUUGUUCGGUGUCCAUGUUUUGCUCUUUUGUCUCCAUCUCUGUACUCUGUACUUCAUAAUGAUUUUGUUCAUCAAGGACCCAAAAGCCCUGCCAAAUGUGUAUUCCUGGGAGCGCUUUCAAUGUUGGAUCGUUUAAAAAAUUGCACUGCUGCUUUGUCACUUUGUGUAACCCCUGCUGGUUCGGCCGCAUUCAUCAGGUGGAUGAGAACCAUAAUCCCAAAGAACUCCUCUGUAUGUUGAAUGGGCCACCGGGCCGAGACCCUGCUUGACAAGGAGAACGGGGAGAGAGCUGCCCACAGCCAUGACCCCGUGGGGUUUGACUUUUUCGAGGGGGGUCGUUGCAAGAGGUGAGGAGAGAAACGAAACCUCGCCUGUGACCGAGGAGUGGAUCGAGAGAGAUCAGGGGGUGAGCAAGUCUUGCCCCUCCUCAAGCCCCCCUGCCCCUCCUCUGCAGCCAAUGUGGCAGAGAUCGCAAUAUCCGAAGUGGGGCGGGGUGGCGGGUGUUGGGAGAGGGGUGGGACUCCUGACCCACACCCAGGUGGCCUUCAACGCAGAGCCAACCGCCUGCGGGCUGCCAAAAAUGUGUAAUCUGCUCACUUUCAAAUAAAUCUAACUUGCGGAUUGAA